AUGCCUCUGCCACGCGAAUUGGACUACGAGCAACGUGAGAGACUUCAGCACUGGCUGGGGAAAUUCGAACUGGAGCUGGAUCAUCGCACACGCACCCAGCUGAGCGAUGCUUUGGCGGUGGCAAAGCUCUUCGAGAGGGUUCACCCCGGCCGCGUGGACUUCAGGUGCUAUGUGGCGCGCAGCAGCCUGGCCCUAAAGAAGCAAAAUUGGCACAUUUUCAACGUGCGGACACUGAAGCGCAUGAACAUGAGCCUCAGCCAGCGGGAUCUGUACAGGCUGGCAAGCGGCAGCAGCUGGGCCCUCGAGACGCUGCUCCACAAGCUGAUGAUGACCGAUGAUGAGGCAGCGAGAGCCGUGGGCGGACAGGAGCUGGACGAGUUGGAUUAG